GAGGAGAUGCCGACCGCGACGUGUCGCCGUGGAGAACGGCCGCGACAACAACGUGACGUACGAGCCAAAAAAGCGGCGCGUCAAAACUUAAAUCGAUGCCAGCUCUACGUGAGCUCCUUCUGAGCCAUGAGCGGAAAGGGCUGCCAGGUCCUGGUGUCGCCGUGCGGCGCGUCCCAGUCGCUGGGGAAGACGAGAGGGCACCGGUCCCAGCCCGUCAAGGCGCCCGUAACCUCCCCUCGGUGGGGCGGCCUCCCCCUCCCGGGCGCGGACAAAGUGAGCGGCGGGAAGCGGGACGGCGGCCGCGUCGCCCUGCCGAGCCUGAGCCUCCGCGGGAAGUUGUCGACAAACGGGAAGCGGGACGUCAAGCCGACGGCACCGCCGCUCCGGAGAGACGCCGGCGUUCAGGGAGGUUCUUCCAAUAAAGGUUGUGCUGGUUCCAGUCCUGCCAUCGAAGUCCUCGGACAGCCGGUGGGUUGGAACCUCACGGUAACCAGCGUUCCGAUGUCAGUUGUCCCUGGUCAUCAAUACGAUGUCGCGACCUAUCACCCACCUCUGGAUGCCAGGUCGGUGCUGUCAAGAGAAUCCCUCGCGUCCACGACCCUCAGUCUGUUUGAGACCCAGUCGGUGUUUAGCGGACGAAACGACUGGCCGUUUGGCUACCGUGUGCUUCCCCCGCUGGGGCAGGCGCCGUGUUCCGUGGUCGGCGAACACCUCGGCCUCCCCCCCGGCACGGCUAUGUCCGGCACCGAGGCCUCCAACGGCACGAGCACGUCGGCGUCCCUGCCCUCGUACCUUUUUACGGGUGAUGCCGGGAGCCCCAGACAGCAUAACGCAACGAAGAGAGCCCUUUCCAUGUCGCCCCUGUCGGACGUGAUGGGCAUCGAUUUCAAUUCCAUCAUACGCACCUCGCCAACUUCGCUUGUGGCUUAUAUCAACAGCUCGCCGGCCUCCCACCCCAGAAUCUCGCCAGUCCAGUCCGAGGGCUAUGGCCACUUCCUGGGUGUGAGGGGGUCUUACAUCCCCCAGGUUCACCCCCAUACUAUGCCAGACCACUCACAGGCUCUGGUUUCACCAGAAGAAGGCACCCGCAGGAAGGCUCUGGAAGAAGGUGGGGGUCUGGAGAGUCAGAUGGCUAACAUGGUGGUGGAACAACAGUGCCUUCCAAAUUUAAAGGGAAGGAUUUCGGAGUCCUGUAGAGAAGAGACCGACAACAUGAUGCCAAUUCUUCAGGUGCCCUCAGCUCCACUGGCCGGUGAAGACGCUUCUAUUCCUCAGGGACCUCCGCCUCCCUACCACUCCCACCGCCAUGUCCACCUUCUCAGAGGUCACCACAAACUAAGGACUCUCAACCAGGGUCCUGCGGUUCUCCCCCGGCACGGGCUCAACUUUUUACCCCAGAUUCCGAUGCUGGAGGAAGAGGAAGGCGAGAUGGAGGACUACGGCACCCACUGUUGCUUGUGGAUGGACUGCAGUGCGGUAUAUGACCAAAAGGACGACCUGGUGAGGCACAUAGAAAAACUCCACGUAGACCAGAGAAAGCCCGAGGACUUCACGUGCUACUGGGCGGACUGUCCUCGCAACCUCAAACCUUUCAAUGCUCGUUACAAGCUUCUGAUCCACAUGAGGGUCCAUUCGGGAGAGAAGCCCAACAAGUGCACGUUCAAGGGCUGCAAGAAGGCCUUCUCCCGCCUGGAAAACCUGAAGAUCCACUUGCGCAGCCACACGGGGGAGAAGCCGUACCCUUGCCAGCACCCGGGAUGCUUCAAGGCCUUCAGCAACUCCAGUGACAGAGCCAAGCACCAGCGCACCCACCUGGACACAAAGCCGUACGCGUGCCAAGUGCCGGGCUGUGCGAAGCGCUACACCGAUCCCAGCUCUCUGCGGAAGCACGUCAAGUCCCAUUCCGCUGCGGAGAGACAGCUACGGAAAAAGAUGAAAUCCGCAGCCGACGUGACCCGGGAACCUCUGACGGACUGCCUAACCAUCCACCAUCUGCACCCAAGCAUCUCCCCGCCAGCCAGAAGAGGCAACUCGAUAGCAUCUUCCAGAGCCUCUCGAGAGCCAUACUCAAAUGCUCCACGGGGAGGUGACUCCCCCCACGGCUCGGCUCUUAUGUGCACUCUGCAAGACAAUCGCAGGUUUGUCGAUCCUCAACACCGCCAGCUCUUCUGCGCCGACCCCUGCCCGCCAGCGCCGCGCCUGCCGCACCCUCCCGCCGCCGCCUCCGCGCAGCCCGGUCGGACCCCCGAACCGGCAGCGAACCACGGCCGAGGGCAGAUGGAGGCGCUCUUUCCUUACGACGGGAUGUCAGCGGGGCUCGAGUCCGGUCACCUGAUCCAAGCGGACGCCUUCGGGGGCAGCGGGGUCUGCGACACAGGUGACGAGCGUCUCUGGGUAUUAUCGGCGCGCGUUUCCAAGCCUUCCCCAACAGUGUGGAUUCCCCUGCAGGAUUUGAGAUCCAAAUGUCAGGAGGCGACUUCUUCAGCGAGAUGGACUCGCAUGCCGACCCCACGGACGAGUGACGCCACCCACACGUGGAAUUCCUUCCUUUGCACUAUUUUUAGUUGACGUCACGUCAAUACUACAUCGGCUUCGGGCUGUCGCUAGCUUCCGAAUGAGAGAAAGUGACUCCAUAUUGCAAUACACAGUCGGGUCCAGGAGUAGCGGAACAAUAAUUGAUCAGCUCAGGUGGUCUCAAACUUGUUAGGUCCACGGAGCCCCUCUGCUCAUAAUCCCAACUCCAAUUAAACAAUUCAAAAAUUGGCUCAUUUCAAGUAAAACGUCAUUAUUAAAAGAAGCCAAUUUCCUUUAAGAUUUAACAAAAAAAAGUUGAAAUAAGAGAAUAAAGUUGUAUUUUAUUAAGAAAACGCAGAAUCUUUACAAGUACAAAGGGUAUUUUGUCUGGAUAAAAUUUUUUUAAAAAAGAUGAAUUUUAUGAGAAGUCAUACUUUUCCAAGAUAAAGUCCUAAUUUUGGGAUGUGAAGUUAAAGUGUAAUAAGAGAACAAAGUUACACUUUAUUUUAAAAAAUAAUAAUUUAUUCUCAUAAUUUUAUUACAGUAAAGACCCCUUUAUUUUCUUUUUUUUUUAAAUCCUGGAAUAAUUUAUUUUCUUAGAAAAUAGACAGAUUGAUGUAAGAUUUAUGAGAUAAUGCAUCAUAUAAAUCAGAGCUUUUAAUUGGCUCAAAGUGAAAGUAUCUAGAAAUGAUUGGGUUAAUAUUUUGUAGCUUGUUAUUGGCCAAGCAUAUUUAGGAACAUAUUUUUUAAAAUAAUCUGACAUAACGAUUUAUUGCAGUGGUGUGUUUAUCGGUGCAGUACUCAGGCUCCCCCUUGUUGUAUGCAAAAGAGUCACUGAAUUAAAUCUUCAAAGCAUGCACAAUGUUACAAUGUCUUAAUGUUUUUUUUUUUUAAAUAUAAUAUUAUACAGCGCAUUUGUAAAGGGAAGUUCAGUUGUAAUUAACUUUUAAUUUUGGUUAUUAUGUCGGUACUUGGACGGCAGAGAUUUACAAAAAAAUCCCUCAAGACAUUUUGGAGGCAAAAGAAAUAUUCUUCGGUGGCUCAAUCCGUUCCCUGAUCUAAAGUCAAUCGAGCAUGCUCGCCACAGGUAGAAAAUGGGGAAGAAUGUGCGUUUAUUUUU